AUGGCCUGGGGUCUCCCGACCUGGCUGGGCGGCUCUGCCUCCUCGAAUCCCUCUCUCCCGCAGUCAUCGAACCUUCCGCCGCGAUCCAAAGACGGCGGCUACGUGGCCCCCGACCGCACCUCUCGCGAACAGUGCUACGAGUCCCGCGACAUUUUCUUCCAGUGCCUGGACCGGCAUGACAUCUUGGACGCCGUCAAGGAGGAUGAGAAGGCCCGGAAGGUCUGCCCGACAGAGGUGGCUGCGUACGAGAAGGACUGUGCGAGAAGCUGGAUCAAAUAUUUCAAGGAGAAGAGAGUCGUCGACUACAAGCGAGAUCGCACGUUAGAGCAGAUUGCCAAGGAAGAUGCCGAGGCGGCUGCAAAGGCAAAAUCCGAGAGAAGAGGCAAGUCAUGGUUUGGUUGA